UUGCAGUGAACGUUGUCAUCUCUAUAUUACUAUUAGGUCAAUCUCUUAGGAUUUUUUUAAUAUUUAUUCCCUACAAAAUUGAUAUUUUCUUUGUGAAUAGCUAUAUCGUGUAAGUGCCUCAGAUAGUAGUUUGUUAUUUAGUAAAAACCUAUACAGAAUGUUUAGCAUGACACCUAAGAUGCAUGUGUUCUUAAACGCUCAUCUUUGUUGACAAAGAGUCACAUGGCUGAAAACAGUCAAUAAACAAAAUCAAGCCCUAUUAAAGAAGGCAACAUCGAAAAGGCUUUUUUUGCCACAAAAUGGACAACCCUGUUACAAGUCCGACCAACAAAGCAAAUGUCAAACACCUGGAACGAAUAUCUCAAACUUCUAAUCUCUUCCAAGAUCUUGCCACCUAGAACAUCGUCGACCUAGCCCUCCCAGAUCCUUCUAAUUACUACUUUGGCAUCACCAGCAAAGAUGACUGAAUGUAAUCCACGUACCAAACACCAACAUAUCGUAUCAAGGAAGGUCAACAUCUCCACCAGAGACGGAUCUGAAAUCUUCACAUACAAGCGAAGCUUUCAAGUUACUUGUUUUGGAACAUUUUUUUCAUAGGGUGUAUAUUUUUUAGGCAAAAUUCACUUGCAUAGCCAUAACUAUCGAUUUUGUGACAAUAAUAGCCAAUUUAUGAGAAAUACACAAAAUGUCCAGAUUUUAGAAACAUAUUUGACAAAUUUAGCCAUUUUUGUUAAAAACUUUAACGCCGUUAAAAAUUCCGUCAAUUACAUCAACAAGAAGUCGACGAGGAAGCUACGUGGCAGAAACAAAAUUAAACAAAACUUUGGAAGCUUCAAAUCCAAGUCGAGAGAAACAAAUCUACACCUAAGGCUAACUAAGAUCGAAUCCACAUAAAAAGAUACGAACUUUAAAUAAAUUACCCAGUAUAACAAAUUGCACAAAAUCAAAAGUAAUCAAACAACAACAUGAAUCAGAUUGAUUUAGAACAAAGGAAAGAAAAAACAAAGUCUCUUUACUCUUUACUCUUUAGUCACUGGCUGGCUGGCUGCCCACUGUUGCCAGCCUUUUUUUAAAGCCGGUCAAAGCCAGGCCACCCACCCACUUCCACUACCCACCAUUUUCCUUCUCCUUCCUGUUGCUUCUUCCUCUGCGAGUCCUAAUUCGACCCAGAUUGGCCAAGGUAAAUUAAAGCAGAAAAAAGGGGUGGAAAAACAGAGGAAGGGCCGCUGGGUUUUCAUUAAAAGCUAUCUCUCCGGCGAGGAAGAAAGAGCAAACUGAAAGCGACUCGGCAUACAGUGACUCUCUCGGCGGUUGGUUGGAAGGAAGGAAGUCAUUUAUCUCGCCCCGCACCACUUCCACCAUUAAUGCCCUUCUUCUUCUUCAUCAAUUUGUCAUCCAUACUCUGUUUUUUCACCCUUUUUCCCUUUUGUGGGAAUUGGGUGGUGGCCUUGUUUUUUAUUUUUUGGGGAUUGAGAUUGAGUUGAGACAGCCUGGGAUGGCAUUAAAUGCUGAGAAGCAUUUGUUUAUGGGAAGGGAACAGAGGUAGAAGAAGCAGCUUAGUCGUAGAAGAAGCAACAGAGUAACAACAACGGCUAACUGUGGGAAGGAAGAAAAACAGAGUAUUGUAGAAAACAAUUGCAUCGAUUGCAGAAUCAAAGCUCGUGAUUGGAGGUGAGAAUGUUGCAAUCUGUGAGGAAAAGGGUUUAUUUUAGUUUAUUUUGUUCGUAUAAUUAAUUGAAUAAUAAAAAAUAAAAAAAAUAAUUCCCCGAUGCCUCCCUUUUUCAGUUUUCCCCCUUCAGACUUUUCCUUUUUGUUGGGUUUUCAGAGAGGAGCUAAAUAAAGCCAGCUAAAGAAGAGCGUUCCCGCCGCCGGCGAAUGCGGCCAUGAGUAGUCGACUCUGUGAUUGAACGGCCGUCCAGAUUUUGUUUAAGUGUCUCUCUCUGCUGAAAUAUUGGGAUUGGUAUCUUUUUAUCUCUGAGCUGAAUGGAAGAAUGCCGGCGGGGUUUGCUCCGGUUGGUGCUACUGAUCUGGGUUUUGAUUCGCUGCGCGGCGGCGCAGCAGAGGAGUGUGUUGCUGGGCUCGCCGGUGGAAUGGAGGGCGCUGAUCGAUCUCCGGGGGUCUUUAGGGAUCCGAAGCUCCGACUGGCCGAUAAAAUCCGACCCGUGCGGGAAUUGGAAGGGAGUCCAAUGCGGCGGCGACGGCCGGGUCACCGGAAUCAACGUUUCCGGGUUCAGGAGGACCCGGGUCGGGCGUUUGAAACCCGGGUUCUUCGUCGACGCCAUGGCGAAUUUCACCUCAUUGGAGGUUUUCAACUCUUCCGGAUUCGCCCUCCCGGGCUCCAUCCCGGGCUGGUUCGGGUCGCAAUUCGGGUCGUCGCUCCGAGUUCUUGAUCUCCGGGCGAGCUCAGUCACCGGCCCGAUUCCGGCGACGCUCGGUGAGUUAACUCAGCUCAAUGCUCUCUACCUCUCUGAAAACCAGCUCGCCGGCGCCCUGCCAUCUACAUUGGGGCAGCUGAGUCGAAUGUCAAUUCUUGACCUCUCUAGGAAUCUGCUUACUGGGUCGAUCCCGUCGAGUUUGGCUUCACUCAGGAACUUGUCAAGUCUCAAUCUUUCUUCCAAUUACUUAUCCGGGUCGAUUCCACCCGGAUUCGGCAACAUUUCAAUGCUCGAAUCCUUAGAUUUAUCCGAUAACAGUCUCGCCGGUUCAAUCCCUGACGAUUUUGGUGCAUUAUCUCAAUUGGUUGACCUUGAUCUCAGCAAGAACUCACUCUCUGGUUCAUUGCCGGAUGGAUUAUCCAAGCUAAACAACUUGCAGAAGAUGGUAAUUUCGAGUAACCAGCUAGAUGGUAGACUGCCUAGUGCAUUGUUUGCGUUGCCUGAUCUGCAGAUUGUGGAUGUCUCUGGGAAUAACUUCACAUGUGAUGUGCAGAGCAUUAAUUUCAAUGGCAAUGCAGCUGGUUCAGCCGCGUUGAAUCUAUCGAACAAUUUGUUGUAUGGAGCUCUAUCUUCUCAGUUCGAUAACUCUAGUUCCGUUGAUCUAUCUGGAAACUACAUCCAAGGAAAGGUGGUCAAUGGUGGAAGAACUCCAAGAAAUGUGGUUCUUAGCUUGAACUGCUUAGAGGCAGUUCCUGAUCAAAGGAGUUUGGAGGAUUGCAGGAUGUUUUACUCUCGGAGAGGAUUAUCUUUCGACGAAUUUGGAGCUCCAUUACCAUCAGCAGAAAUCAAUCCCCAAAGAACAAGAAGUAAGCAAUGGAUAUACAUCUUAGUAGGGGUGGUUGGCGCAAUAGGGUUCAUCUUGGUCCUGGCUAUUGUGAUGGUAUUGUUUCUCAGGAAGUUUGAUAGGAGCCGAUCAAGCCUUAGAGGGAGUGCUAACGUAGGACCGGUUCCUGAAGGAGAUAAUAAUAAUGAUCCUCCAUCAGCGGCGAAAGAUCUCGCUUUAAUAUCUGGUAUUGGUGAGUCAUUCACAUAUGAACAGCUCAGCAACUUGACAAGUGAGUUUACAGACAAGAAUCUGAUCAAACAUGGUCACUCUGGAGAUCUAUUCCAAGGCUUCCUCGAAGGAGACAGUCCGAUUGUUGUGAAGAGGAUCGAUUCUCGUUCUGCCAAGAAGGAAUUGGUGGAGCUGGAAUUUUUCAGCAAGUAUUCGCAUGCUAGAUUGGUGCCUCUUUUAGGGCAUUGUUUGGAGAAUGAGAAUGAGAAGUUUCUGGUGUAUAAGUAUUUGGUGAAUGGAGAUUUGGCUAGCUCAUUGCACAAGGUUAGCAAUGUUGACGAAGAAGAUCAUUUGAAGUCAUUGGAUUGGAUCACAAGGUUGAAGAUAGCUACUGGAGCUGCUGAAGGGCUUUGUUACUUGCACCAUGAGUGUAAUCCUCCUGUUGUUCAUAGGGAUGUUCAAGCAAGCAGCAUUCUUCUCGACGACAAGUUCGAAGUUCGACUUGGAAGCUUAAGUUCGGUCCACGUCCAGGAAGGCCCAGAAUCACACCACAACAAGAUCAUCACAAGGUUCUUGAGAAAACAAAUAUCAUCCGAAGCUGGAGGCUCUUCAGGAGGAUUAAUGGCGACCUGUGCACACGACGUCUACGGCUUCGGUAAGGUCCUCCUAGAGCUAGUAACAGGCAAGCUCGGAAUCAGCAACAAAUCAGAUGAUGCCACGAUUCGAGAUUGGCUCGACCAAACGCUCCCUUACAUCAGCAUCUACGACAAAGAGCUGGUGACCAAGAUCGUCGAUCCAUCAAUGAUGGUUGAUGAGGACUUGCUCGAAGAGGUUUGGGCCAUGGCCAUCAUUGCCAGGUCAUGUUUGAAUCCCAAGCCUUCCAAACGUCCUCCCAUGAAGUACAUUCUCAAAGCAUUGGAGAACCCUAUGAAAGUAGUAAGGGCAGACAGCUAUGGUUCAGGGCGGCUCAGAACGACUUCCUCGAGGAGGUCGUCGUGGAGCAGUGCUUUCUUUGGGAGCUGGCGGCAUAGCUCCUCGGAGAAUGCCGUAGCAGUUGGUGGAUCAAAGCAGCCGGUGAGAAUAGGAUUUCAUAACAGCGGUGGGAUUGGGUACAGUAAGAGACUGUCAAAUGAGAUUUUCCCUGAGCCACUCGAGAUUCAAGACAUAGAGCGACAAGAGCCAGAUUUCGAGCAUUGAAAGUGGAUCGCUAGAACAGUUUUGCUAAAGCGUACUGAUUAAUCAAUCAAUCACACCAUU